GAACGGACAGACCCACAGAUGCAAGUGUGUCCAGAAUUGGUGGGUUCUUGGUCUGACUUCAAGAAUGAAGCCGCGGACCCUCGCGAUUUUGUCAACACACUCUUUCUUCUUUCCCUUUGGCCUGAUCCCCAAGAUUUGGGCCUUGAAGAAAAAUCAGCUUCCAGUAAUGUGAACUGCAGCCAGAUCCAGCCAGUGCAUGAGCUGGUGAGAAGUGUGUCAAGCUCUGUGGAUAAAGGAGGCACAUGCCAUUGUAUGGUUCACCUACCCAACAACCCCAUCCCCCUGGAGCAGCUGGAACAGCUACAAAGUACAGCUCAGGAGCUCAUUUGCAAGUAUGAGCAGAAGCUGUCUAGAUGAGUAUGCACGCGCCAUUGAAGAUAAAGACAAUGACGUUCUGGAAAUGAGUCACAUGCUGAAGUCCUGGAAUCCCAGUGCCCUUGCUUCUCCCUAUGAGAACCCAGGCUUCAACCUGCUGUGCCUGGAGCUGGAGGGAGCACGGGAGUUGGUGACUCAACUUAAAGCCAUGGGAGGUGUUCUUGUGGCUGGGGACCUCCUCCACCAACUUCAGAGCCAGGCGACUAACGCCAGUCUCACACUCAAGCUUUUGGCUGACUCUGACCAGUGCAGCUUUGGUGCUCUCCAGCAGGAGGUGGAUGUCCUUGAGAGUCAACUAAGCGGAUGUGAGAGAGAAAAGGAGAAAGGACAGGCCUUUGGACACCCUGGACCACCCCUCCCCCGUGGGACUUGGCCUAGGUACUUUGACUACUAUCGGCUGUACAAAUCCUAUAAUGACCUCGCACUGCUGAAAAACUAUGAAGAGAGGAAGAUGGGCUAUGGUGAUGGCAGUGGAAACGUUGUGUACAAGAACUUUAUGUACUUUAACUACUGUAGCACAAGUGACAUGGCCAAAAUGGACCUUUCCUCCAACACACUGGUGCUGUGGCGUCUGCCGCCUGGUGCCACCUAUAACAACCGCUUUUCCUAUGCUGGUGUGCCCUGGAAGGACUUAGAUUUUGCUGGUGAUGAGAAGGGGCUGUGGGUUCUCUAUGCCACUGAGGAGAGCAAGGGCAACCUGGUUGUGAGUCGUCUCAACACUAGCACCCUAGAAGUGGAGAAAACCUGGCGUACCAGCCAGUACAAGCCAGCCCUGUCAGGGGCCUUCAUGGCCUGUGGGGUGCUCUAUGCCUUACACUCACUGAACGCCCACCAAGAGGAGAUCUUCUAUGCUUUUGACACCACCACCGGGCAGGAGCGCCGCCUCAGCAUCCUGUUGGACAAGAUGCUGGAAAAGCUGCAGGGCAUCAACUACUGCCCCUCAGACCACAAGCUGUACGUCUUCAACGAUGGUUACCUGAUAAAUUAUGACCUCACCUUCCUGACAAUGAAGACCAGGCUACCAAGACCACCCACCAGGAGGCCCUCUGGGGCUCAUGCUCCACCAAAACCUGUCAAACCUAACAAGGCUUCCAGACCCUGAGACCCAGGGCUAGGCAGAGCAUUGGUAGAAGUGUGCCCUCUUCCUUACCUCCAGGAGGCCCACAUCCCGAAGUGGCCAUUGGUCCUAAUGAUUGGAAGACUGAUUAUAUCUAGUGAGUUCUUUAUGUAAUUAAUAUCUCAAUCAGUACAUUAAGGUUCCCUUUAAUAAUGGUCUAGGUGGAUUUGAUAGGGAAAAAAUAAAAUAUUAGCUAAGAAAAUGGUACCCUCUCUUUCUGAUGCUUUGGCAUCUCAUAUUCCUUUUUUCAUAAAUCCAGCUCCCGGAACUCAAGAGUUCUGUGAUCUAGAAUUGUCAGUCUCAGGUUGGGAACAUCUGAUUCCAGUGCAGAAGCUGCAGGGCAGCUGGUCAUUAGAGUAGGAUAUGAAAGUUCCCUUUCUUAUCUCCACCUUCCUGUGAGGUCCCUGGGGAGAAAAGGGGCAAGAUCUUGGUCUGGUAAUCAAUUUUUCAUUGUCCUGGAUCGAUCUCACUUUUGAGUGCAAUUGCAAGAGAAUAGGCCUGAGUCUUGCUGUAGUAAGUUAGCAACUGGCCUUAUAGCAUGAUGAGGAUCUGACAUGGAUGGUGCUGGGGGUCUAGAUAUUCUCAAUAAAGAAUCAUUGGUUUGAUAGCAGAAGGUCUCCUGGCCAACGGCCUAUCAUCCCUUUGCUUGUCUUCAACACACUGGAAACAUAUGGGCUCGAGCUUUUUGCUUGUUCCUUAGCUAUCUGUGUGGUGCUCCUCCCUCUCCAGGCAGGUGGAUGGAAUAUAUAAAAUCCAGACCCUGAAGUCUUCCUAGUAACACAGAAUAUGCAUACAAUUUCAUAUAUACAUUCGAUAAGACAUGUACACUCUCACUCAUAUAAAUAAUUAUUUCCAUCUGCAUCUAAAUAAAAACCAAACACAAUUCUCCAAAUUUACAUGGGACCAAGAAUCCAGCUUUUUAGUUGCCUGUAUUUGUCCCCUUAAGAAUUUUACUACUAACCACCUCCUCUCCCACCUCUUGAUUUACAGACGACAUUCCCCCUUAAUGCUUUGACAUAAAGGUGGGCACACAAGAGUGGGUUAGGACAUUGAAACAAAUCAUUCUAAAACUUCUGUUAUAUUGACAUGUAGAAGAGACCAAGUGAUAUGUGAAUAAAAGGCAUAUUAUAAAAAAGAGCUAAUUCACAUUUAGUUUGGCAUGUGCCUAUGAAGAGCCUUCCUGGUUAGCCCUACUCCUGCUCCCUAGGACAGAGGAAAAUUUUCCCCACCACAUGGGAGCACAAUUAAAUAUAGAAUCCCAAAGUCUAGACUCUAUAUAAGACCCAAAUUUCCAGAUCAUUAAAAAAAUUAAUGCACUUCUUCCUAUGGGAGAGACUGCAUUCUUAUAGGAAUGUGGCUUUAUCUAUGGCUUCAGUAGACCCAACUUUUCAUACAAGUCUAACAUCCCUAUAAGGAACAUACACACAGCAUCACACAGAAACACACAUCCCACAUUUAAAAAUAUGGUUUUUAUUUACUUUUUUGUUUUCUUACUAGUUCCAUCCAGAGAACUUUGUCCCUGUUUUCUGGAAAAUUAUUUUAUUUUAUUGUAGAGCCCUGGACCCCUAAAUAUGUCCUCCUUCCCCAGCUGGCCCAGGGUGACUGCGAGGAUAGAGUUGACAUCACAAUAUCCCUUUUCUGAGGAUUCAUGCCCUUAGUGGGUGGGGUAGGAGGAGGGGUAACCCUAGGAGAAGUCAUCACCACUUUGUCCACCAUGGGUGAAGUAUGAAUCAGUAGCUAUGCCAGGCCUCAGCUGGGCCACAUCUGGAGAACAGGGGUGAGGGCACAACAUCACAAAAUAUCUGGCCCCAGUCUGGUCACUCAUCCCUUUUAGGGCAACAAGGAAACUAUCCUGUGGCCUGAGAGCACAAUACCUGAGACAAAGGCCAGCAGAAACAUUUGUCUGCCCUCACCCUUUCUGCCCCAGCUUCCACCUGCUCCCCAUCUGCCCACCCACUAAAGCCCAUGUCGCAUGCCAUCUCUUGAACAUCCAGGAUGUCCCAGAGUGGAUGUCCACCAGGUCUGCUGGCAGACAAAAAUAUCUCUUCAAGUGCCACUCGAGUGAUAGUGAAGACUGCAGGCAACCAGAAAGACUUUAUGGUAGCUGAUGACAUCUCGGUAAGGCAGUUCAAGGAGAUGCUAUUGGCUCACUUCCAAUGCCAGAUGGACCAACUAGUGCCGGUCUUCAUGGGUUGCCUUCUCAAAGACCAUGACACACUGAGCCAGAGGGGCAUCAUGGAUGGCCACACCAUCUACUUGGUCAUCAAGUCCAAGCAGGGCUCCAGAUCUCUAGCCCAUUCCUUCCGGGACCUGCCAACGAAUGAUCCCUGCCACCGGGACAGAAACACCAAAGGAAACAGCAGCAGAGUGCACCAACCAACUGGUAUGAAUCAAGCUCCAGUGGAACUGGCCCACUUUGUGGGGUCUGAUGCACCCAAAGUGCAUACCCAAAACUUGGAAGUGAGCCACCCAGAGUGCAGAGCACAGAUGCUGGAGAAUCCUAGCAUCCAGCGGCUUCUGUCCAACAUGGAGUUCAUGUGGCAGUUCAUUUCAGAACAUCUAGACACGCAACAAUUGAUGCAGCAGAACCCAGAAGUUUCCCGCCUUCUUCUUGAUAAUUCUGAGACCCUAUUGCAGACUCUGGAGCUGGCCAGGAACCUUGCUAUGAUCCAAGAGAUAAUGCAGAUCCAACAACCUUCACAAAACCUUGAGUAUCCACUGAACCCACAGCCAUAUCUGGGCUUAGAGAAAAUGCCAGGUGGGAAUAAUGCCCUGGGUCGGAACUAUGCUGAUAUCAAUGAUCAAAUGCUGAACAGCAUGCAAGAUCCUUUUGGAGGAAACCCUUUCACAGCUCUCCUGGCAGGACAAGUGCUAGAACAAGUCCAGUCUUCACCCCCACCUCCACUGCCAUCACAGGAACAACAAGACCAGCUCACACAGCAUCCUGCAACCCGAGUCAUCUAUAAUAGCUCUGGUGGUUUCUCUUCAAACACCUCAGCCAAUGACACCCCUAACAAGGUCAACCACACUUCCAAAGCCAACACUGCUAUGAUCUCCACCAAGGGCCAGAGCCAUAUCUGUGCCACUCGGCAGCCAGCUGGGAUACCAGCCUUACCUAGCAUAGAGCUUACCCAGCAGCUUCAAGAAGAAUACAAGGAUGCCACUGUUUCUCUAAGUAGCUCCAGACAGACAUUAAAGGGUGAUCUCCAGCUGUCAGAUGAGCAGACCAGCUCCCAGAUCACAGGAGGCAUGAUGCAGUUGCUUAUGAACAACCCCUACCUGGCAGCUCAGAUUAUGUUGUUCACAAGUAUGCCCCAGCUGAGUGAAGAGUGGAGGCAGCAGCUGCCCACAUUCCUGCAGCAGACACAGAUUUCUGAUCUGCUUAGUGCUUAGGCAACCCUAAAGCAUUCCAAGCAAUAUUGCAGAUUGAGCAGGCCCUCCAGCUGCUGGCCACAGAGGCUCCUGUUCUUCUGCCUUGGGUUGCACCCUACCUAUGGGGCCUGGGUUGGCUUCCUGCCCCCAGCUGCAGCUAUCCUGACACAGUGCCCUGUUCCUGGAAUGUUUCAGAUACAGCUGAGCCCAAGGGACCUGAGUGCUGCCACAAGCCUGGAACAGUCCUGCAGAGGCUACAAUCCCCGGAUGGGGACCCUUCCCACCCUCUGCAAGCUCCUGAGAUUCGUUUUAGCAAACAGAUGGAUUCUCUCCAGGCCAUGGGAUUUGGGAACCACCAUGCCAGUCUACAGGCACUCAUUGCUACUGAAGGGGACACCAAUGCUGCUAUCCACAAGCUCAAGAGAUCCCAGAGAUUCUAACCACCAUGCCUACUUGUUUGCUUGCUACCUGCCUGCUGACCCACCUGACCAUCUCAUUUGCCUUUUGCACCUUUCCUGAUGCUUCCAGCCAGGAGAAGUCCUGGAAUAAGAGUUAUCAACCAAUGUGUCUUGUACUGAAUAAUAGAUCAUUGGCCAUGGCUGAAACAUCUGUCAAUAAAAUGGCUACACUCA